AUGGCUUCGUCUCACGGGAGAAGCGACCUGCGGUUCGCAGACUGGAUGGCAAGUUUACCGCAGAGCAUGCACACCAUCCCGCUCACCAACCUGGCGAUUCCCGGCUCCCAUGAUUCCUUCAGUUUCUACAUCGACGAGGCGUCUCCAGUGGGCCCCGAGCAGCCGGAGACGGUGCAGAACUUUGUUUCUGUUUUUGGCACAGUGGCCAAGAAGCUAAUGAGGAAGUGGUUAGCUACACAGACUAUGAACUUCACCAGCCAACUGGAGGCUGGGAUCCGCUUCUUUGACCUGCGCAUCUCCACCAAGCCCCGCGACCCUGACAACGAGCUGUACUUCGCCCACGGGCUCUUCAGCGCCACGGUCAGAGAAGGUCUAGAGCAGAUCAGCAGUUUCCUGUCAGCUCACGCCAGAGAGGUCGUGUUCCUGGACUUCAACCACUUCUAUGGCGUGCAGAACCUGCACCAUGAAAAACUGGUGGCCAUGUUAAAAGAGGUGUUUGGAGAGAAACUCUGCCCAGUUGUCUUCGCUCAGGAGGUGACUCUGCAGUAUCUGUGGGAGAAAGAGUAUCAGGUGCUGGUCUUCUACCACCACCCCAUGGCCCUGGAGGUGCCCUUCCUGUGGCCAGGCCAGAUGAUGCCCUCUCCCUGGGCCAACACCACUGACCCAGAGAAGCUGGUUCAGUUUCUCCAGGCGUCUGUCACUGACCGCAGGAGGAAGGGGACGUUCUUUGUCUCCCAGGUGGUUCUGACACCAAAGGCCAGCACUGUGAUGAAGGGUGUGGCUAGCGGACUGAGAGAGACAAUCACAGAAAGGGCCUUACCGGGCAUGAUGCAGUGGAUCAGAUCACAGAGACCCGGGGAGAGUGGCAUCAACAUUAUCACUGCUGACUUUGUGGAGCUCGGAGAAUUCAUCAGUGCCGUCAUCACCCUCAACUAUCACCUGGACGAUGAUGAUGAUGAUGCCACCUGAGAGCCUGCAGGGGGUGUUAGAGAGCACGGUCGCCACCACAACCACCACCACUAUUGCUGCUGCUGCCAGUGGGUGGGGGUCUGUGUUCUCACUGUUUUCUCUUUGGCAUUUAUUUCAGGAGGGGAGCUGCACUGCUCCUUUCACUUUAUUUAGGGCUAUAGUGAAUUGAGAGAUCAAAUGGAAGAGGGGGUUGAGGGAAGACAAGUUGGAAUUAGUCGAAACAACACUGGUUGGUUUGGUUUGAGCACUAAAAGAAUGAGGUUUUGUUUGUUUCCUAUUUUUGGGGAUCAAAAUGUGUGUUUUUUUUCAGGUGAGAAGUUAAUUUUCUUUACUUCCUGUGCUGUAAAAAUAACUGCUUUUUCCACUGAUCUAAUGCACUGUUUCUAGGCUUACCACUCUAUCAAGGGUAGAUUCCUCAGAGCACAUCAACUUUCUGCUAAAUGUAUUGGUACAUCAUUCUUGAUAUUCUAGUAACAGUGACAGUUUUUAUUUCUGAAGUUGUUUUAAAUGAGUCUGUAUAACUUAAACCACACAAAUAGUAGGCCGGUGUAAGUAGCUAGCAGUUGUUUGUCUUGUUUGGAAAAUCCAUCUAAGAGAUUUUUUUCAAAUACUUUAUUUUCUAAGAAUUAGCAUCCCUGCUCAAACCACUGCAAUUGUUUCUGAAAACACCACUAGCAGCUCAAAUGCAGCGUUUUAACAAUGUGUUUACUCGAUACACAGACAAAAAAUGAACCAUUUCCCAUUUCUCUCUGGAACGUUAAUUUCUCAUGGGGGUUUUUCUCCCAGUAAUGGUCUCCAAUGAAGCCAGCUUGCAGCAUAGACUGUGCACACAGUUUUACCACUGGUUCGCCUCCUUGCUCAAAACCUUUUAGAGAUAGACAAAGAGUGCAUAUUAGCCAGGAAGAAAUUCUUAAUCUUAAUUUCUUGUGCAUCUCAGUUAAACAAUCAUUUUCACAUCGUCAGUGCGUUUCAAAUUUCAAGACAAGCAUCGGCUGUAUCUGCAGGGUACAGAGUUAUAGAAAAAACAAUUUUUUUGGGACAGCUAGAAAUGCAAUAGACGUUACUAUUCAUUUCUAAUGGGUAGGAAUCCAGUGUGACAAAUCUAUUGGAUUUUAUGGUGGGUGCUGAGUCGUGAUAGCCAAGUAUAAAAAUACAGUACAUCAGGAUAAACUAUUGUAUCCACUGUGUGCGGCUCUUCUGCUGAAUGCUUGCCCCCUGUAUGUGCGUCUAUACUUACUGCUGUAGUGCAGAGCAUAUGAGUCAUCAUGAGGUGUAUCACGGUGUUGUGUCUUUCAUAAUAACAGGUGAUAAAGUUGCUCAACACUCAUUCAGAGACCCAUUUUAUUUCAAGUCAGAACAGGUUAAGCUUCAUAAUUCUGAGUCAGAGGGGUCUUAACAUGACACCAGUGAUUUGGCACUUGGAAAGUAACACAGUAAAUGUUUAGUUGAGGUCUAGCUGUAGCUCUUUAGUAGGUGUUUCAUGUUUCUGAAUGUUUCUGAAUCCCUGGAUUUCUGCUGUAUCAAUACUGGUGCAAUACAUUUAGUACACUUAAAUUUUUUUAUGUAUGUUAAAUGCAUUUCAUUCUUAACCCUGCAACGUCUCAUUUAAGAUGGAAGAGUACACUGAAAUGACACCCAGAAAGACAACAAUAGAAAUAUUUUUAUCGCAAGGUUUUACACAUUAUGCAUGAAAAAAAAACAAAAAAACACUGCAUAGUAGUCAAACAUCCACACACCUUAUGAUCAGUGUGGCAUUUUGAAUGAGAAUGUAUUCUGUAAGGACAUUGUUGUCUAGUUUGGUAAUGUAAAGCCAAAAACAGGAAACUCAACUCUUUGGAUUUGUGAAUGUAUGUCUUGUGAGUAACUGUGCCAUUUCUAAAAAAUCUCAUGUGAUGGAGUGACUGAGUAUCGGCUAGAAAGACUUGUUUGUAUCGUAUGCUUAAAUGUGAAAAUGAGUUCAAGUUUUAGAGUUCAAACAGUACUUCUUUGACUUCAGUGUGGUUUCAUGUUAAAAUGUUUUAUAUCGUGGAAAGUUUGUACAUACUGUAAUUGCAAAUAGUAUACUGCCGAUAAAUUGUAAAUUAUUAAAUUUAUUGCAAAGAGUCAUCAACAACCAUUUCUUAACUUUUAGCUUCACUGAGCUGUCAUUACUGCCUCUUAUUUUUCAUAUUUAUUUGGUACUUCACAUUUGUGCAUGAACCAAAAAAAAAAACAAAAAACUUCUACAUAAACCUUACAAGGGUUCAUGAGGUCUGUGCAUAACUUCUGUUAUUUUAUGUAUAUUGUUCUUUAGAGCAUGAGUGCAUCUCAGCUGGAAAUGUUUUUAGCCUUUAAAACCAAACUCCAAGUUAAUUUAUUUUUUAAAUGUCGCACUGCUACUAUCCAACACAGUUUAAGAAUGAACCCACACAAAGGAGCAAAUUGUGUUGUAAGGACAUUUGUGUCUUCCCUGGUCCACACUGUUGUUGUUGCCUUUAUGUUCUGGUGUGAAAAAGAGUCCCUUGCUGUUGUAAAACUCAAAAACCUUUGUUCCAAUGAAAGUGACUCUGUUCUAAGUGGAAAAUGGCCGAUCAAAUAAAGCUUCUAUGCCUAA